CGCUACGGCUACGGGUAACUUCUGUCGUUGUGGCUAUUUAUAAUGUUCAAAAGUCGAAAAUUUGUAAUAUAAAACAGGUUCGGGUGGUUAUAAUUCACGGAGUGGAAAUCCACCUCAACGGAAUUUUCGUGUAACACGUCCAAGAAAUAAAGGACAAUGACGUAUCGCGUACCAUUAACUUUAUCACAAGCACAACGGUGAUCUUUACCGUCCGGCAGGGGCACCCUACGACCGAGGCAUGCUAGGUAUCACGAACUCAGUACAAAAGGAUGGUGGCAUCUCGGCGCGAGACCGUGACGAUCGGGCUGCUGUGCGUCGCGUGGUACGCGCUGAGCUCGGCCAGCAACGUGGUGGGCAAGCUGGUGCUGACGGAGCUGCCGCUGCCAAUGACGGUGACGAUGGUGCAGCUGCUGUCGACGGUGAUGUACAGCGUGCCCGCCUUCGCGCUAUGCGACGUGCGUCGCGCCCCCGCCUUCCCCCGCCGCUACUACCUGAGGGUCCUCGUCCCGCUCGCUUGCGCUAAAUUCUUUACGACUAUGUUCUCGCAGAUUUCGAUUUGGAAAGUACCAAUAUCAUAUGCACACACAGUGAAGGCGACGACUCCGCUGUGGACGGCGGGUCUGGUGCGCGUGCUGUUCGGCGAGCGGCAGCCGCCGGCCGUGGCGUUCGCGCUGGUGCUGAUCGCCCUGGGCGUGGGCGUGGCAUCCGCCACCGAGCUGCAGUUCGAUGCGCUGGGGCUGGGCGCGGCGCUGGCGGCGGCGGCGCUGCUCAGCCUGCAGCACAUCUUCUCCAAGCGCGCGUUGCGUGACACCGGCGCGCACCACCUGCGCCUGCUGCUGCUGCUGUCGGCGCUGGCGCUGCCGCUGCUGGCUCCGGUGUGGGGUUGGGCGGAGGCGGGCGCGCUGCUGCGGGCGCGGCCGACGGGGGGCUGGGUGCGCGUUGCGCCGCUGCUGGCGCUGGACGGGGCGCUGGCGUGGCUGCAGGCGGUGGCGGCGUUCAGCGUACUAUCGCGGGUGUCGCCGCUGGCGUACGCGGUGGCGUCGUCGGCGAAGCGCGCGGCGGUGGUGGCGGCGUCGCUGCUGCUGCUGGGGAACCCCGCGCCGCCGCUCAACCUGGCAGGCAUGGCGCUGGCGCUGCUGGGCGUGCUCGCCUACAACCGCGCCAAAAUACACGCCCGCGCCGCGCCGCAGGACAGCCGCCCGUUGCUGCCAGUAUGAUUGUAGUAAAUCGUGUUUUCGACCUACUUUGAGAUGGACCUUCUGCUCGCGCAGGUAAAAUAAAAAUUUACAUAUAAUAAUUUUUCAUUCAGUUUAGAAUUAACUUUAAAUAGGGCAUGAUAUGCCAUAUCAGAAUCUAAAGAUAUAAGUACUUAGUGAAAAAAAUUCAGUCUAUUUUAAGAUUUUUUUAUAAAACCAA